CACACUUGUGGCCUAAUAUUGUUGAUUCUUUUUUAACCAUUUUUUAAACUCUCGCUGUAUACAGCAACAAGACUAUUCAGAAAACAGGUUCUAAACCAAUGUGAUAUAUAGUGUAGCAACAAUGCACCAAGUGUUGAAACGUUCGAUAAGUGCAAACAGUUUUAAGGAUAGCUGCAAGCGAUGGGUGCUACCGACGCAACAGUUUUUUCACACGGCAAGGCCAAGCUUAUCGGGCGAACCUAGCGGUAACCGGCCGCAAUCUUUGGACACCACUCCGUCAUCAGCAGCACCGGCAUCGACAGUUGAUAGUGCUGAUAAGAACAAAUCGACAAGCCAACGCGAUCGGAAGCAACCCGCGAACGAUACAUCGCUAAUCGACAGCUUCGGACGGUUUCACAGCUACCUGCGAAUAUCGCUCACCGAACGGUGCAACCUACGCUGCAAGUAUUGUAUGCCCGCCGAAGGUGUACAACUGACCCAGAAAGAUCAACUACUAACCAGUGCGGAGGUUAUACGGCUUGCGAACCUAUUCGUGACCGAAGGCGUGCGGAAGAUCCGACUAACCGGUGGUGAACCAACCGUGCGCAAAGAUUUAACCGAGAUCGUUGGCCAACUGAAGGCCACCAAUCCGCUGCUCGAGAGUGUCGGCAUCACCACGAACGGACUAAUGUUAACGCGGCAACUGGUGGGGCUGCAGCGCGCCGGGCUCGACGCUAUAAACGUCAGCCUGGACACGCUACGUGCGGCCCGGUACGAGCAGAUAACCCGCCGGAAGGGCUGGGAACGGGUAAUGGCCGGUAUUGACCUGGCGAUCCAGCUCGGCUAUCGGCCGAAGGUGAACUGCGUGCUGAUGAAGGGCUUCAAUGAUGAUGAGAUUUGUGACUUUGUCGAGUUGACGCGGGAUCGGAACGUGGACGUGCGGUUCAUCGAGUACAUGCCCUUUACCGGUAACCGGUGGGACACGGACAAGAUGGUGUCGUAUCGCACGAUGCUCGAUACGAUACGGGCCCGCUAUCCCGCGUUUGAACCGCUACCGAACGGACCGAACGAUACGUCCAAAGCGUACCGCGUGCCGGGGUACCGGGGCCAGAUGGGGUUCAUUACCUCGAUGACGGAACAUUUCUGUGGCAGUUGCAACCGGUUGCGCAUCACGGCCGACGGCAACCUGAAGGUGUGCCUGUUCGGCAACACCGAGGUGUCCCUGCGCGAUGCCCUUCGCAGCCCCGGCUGCACCGAGGACGAUCUGCGCUGUCUCAUCUCGGCCGCCGUCAAGCGCAAAAAGAAACAGCACGCAGGAGCAUCGGCACUUUCGACAUCAUUUCUACACAGCGCAUCACACCGCCCCACCACACUGGCCCACGCAGGCGGGCUGCAAUGCAGACGAUACUCUUCCCUCAGUCACGUGGACGAGCACACGGGCCGGGCAACGAUGGUCGACGUAGACGAUAAGGUGUCGACCAAGCGGGUCGCCAAGGCACAAGCCACCGUGUACGUGGGCCCAACCAUUGCGGCCCUGAUCGAAAACAACGAGCUCAAAAAGGGGGACGUACUCUCGAUCUCACAGAUGGCCGCGAUCGUGGCGGCGAAGAAAACGUCCGAUCUGAUACCGCUUUGCCACAACAUUCCACUGUCGUCGAUUAAGGUCGAAACGAGCCUGAACAGUUCCACCAACGAGGUGCACAUCUUGGCGAAGGUGAAGUGUGAUGGCAAGACGGGCGUUGAGAUGGAGGCACUGACGGCGGUUUCGAUCGCCGCGCUGACCGUGUACGAUAUGUGCAAGGCGGUGUCGCAUGAAAUCCUCAUCAAGAACAUCAUGCUGGUGGAGAAAACCGGUGGCAAGAGCGAGUUCUACCGGAAGCAGUUUAAUCACGAACCGACGCUCGAGUCUCGCACGAUGGAAUCACGCGAACCGGACCAGUUGCCGAUUAUUACGCGCGGCUACCGGACGGAUCCGAUCAUCACGAGCGAACCGUUCGUGCCAAUGUACAUUUGAGGAUGCCGCGUUUGGAAGAUUAGUGGAACCGCAGCAAGAAGAAAAAGGCCAAAACUCAUCCGACAAAUCUUGCAACUACAUCUAGCGUGUUAAGUGUGCCUUUUAUUCAUUAAGCCAACCAGUCAUAUUGCACUGGGAAACAUCCAUCUCAAUACCGGUCGUCCACGGUCGUUUGGCCCCAGUCGAGCGCCAUCUGGCUGGUGCCGCGCGAAAUGGUCUGCAGUCGUAUCACCAGCUCACCGUAGGUUUCGCACGCGAGGCCCAUGUGUUUGGAACCGUCGGUCAGAAUCUUGGGGUCACGCAUUUCCGGAUUUACGCCACUGAUCCAGCUCAUCGCCGCCGAGCACAUGUUGGAGUACUUCGGGAUAAAGAGUGGCGCCCGUAUGGUACGCUCCGCCGACGAACCGCUGCCACCGCUGAGCGGACAGUGAACCCGCGCAUAUCCUCGAUUCGUUUCCACGUUCCAUAUGUUUGCCCCGUACAGGCUGAAGACAAUCUGCGGCCAACCGUACGGGUUGGUGGAUUUCAUCGUAAACUCAAUCGGCAUGUUAAACACCACCGUUCGGUAAUCGGUUUCGGUCCGUGCACUCUGGGUAACGGCCGAUCGGAGACCGGACACGAGCUCCCAAUCCGGACCGGCGACUAUAUCGUACCGACAGAACAGUCCACUUCCAUCCGGACCCAUCGGGAAGUAGGCAGACUCGAGCUGACCGGUAACGGUCAGAUGGAAGAAGUUUUCACUCUCACCGGAAGUUAGCUGCAGUUCCAGCAUGAUACGGCACGGACAGCACAGAUAAGCAACUAUCAACAAUAGACCUGGAAGGAAACAACGCCGACCAGAUUCGACGCAAACAAAAUUUACACUCGAAAACGAUGCAAACCCUGAUGUGUGUUAUGGUUCUAGCACAUAACCAUUUCCAUGGCAACGCGCACACCACGAAUAGAUAUUAAGCUGUUUAGAUUUGGGAAAUAUUUGGGUAGCAUAGUAAGUGAAUCACGUUGUACAAGACGCAAACAAUGCAAAAUGUAGCAUUUACAAGCAGAUCAGAGUCCAUGUCGCGUGGGCGAUCGUUUGCACUUCUCUUAGUUAAGUUCUUAUUGUAUCACAACAAUAAAUCAUUAUUGGAUCGUUA